UGGCGCAAGUGCUUGCUUUCCUUAUAAAUUCACUUCUUUGGAAAAAAAACUUAUUGAAUAUAAGAAACAAAUACAAAGAUGAAUGUAAUAAGAUUUUUCUCUUUGAAGAACUAAAGAAUCUAAUUGUGUUUGACUGCAAACAAUGUAUAAGGCAGAAUGAGGUUCUUGGGACUACCGCGGAGCUUCCGGACCUGAUGCGGGCGCCCUGUCUUGGACUGUCCCACCUUGCUCCUCUACUGCUCCGGGUGCUCCCGCGCCCAGACUGGUUUCCGGGGAUUGUGACUUGCAGGGUCCGCCAUGGAGCCAGAGCAGAUGCUGGAGGGACAGACGCAGGUUGCAGAAAACCCUCACUCUGAGUACGGUCUUACAGACAAUGUCGAGAGGAUAGUAGACAAUGAGAAGAUUAAUGCAGAAAAGUCAUCAAAACAGAAAGUGGAUCUUCAGUCUUUGCCAACUCGUGCCUACCUGGAUCAGACAGUUGUGCCUAUAUUAUUACAGGGACUGGCUGUGCUUGCAAAAGAAAGACCACCAAAUCCCAUUGAAUUUCUAGCAUCAUAUCUUUUAAAAAACAAGGCACAGUUUGAAGAUCGAAACUGACUUAUUGGGAAGAACAGAAAAAAUUUUGUUUCUACUGUAGAUUUACAUGAUUAAGAGGCAGCUUUAAUUGCCAAGAUUCCCCCCCCCUUUUGGAAGUAUAAGAACCUUCAGGACAACAGAACUUAUUUCCGGAAUUGCAGAAGAAAACAUUUCCCUUAUUUUGAUUUAAUCACAAUACUUAUUUAAUGAGUGUAUUCUGUGCAAUUUUUUUCUCAGAUUGUCUUUAACUUUGUUUUUAAAAUGACCUUCAAAAUAAACUGUUAAAACGUCA